AUGAUCAAAUUCUUCAUUUGUAUUCUUGCGUUACAACAAUUGUACACACAAUGCGUCGCCGAGGAUUUCGACUUCUUCUACUUCGUUUUACAGUGGCCUGGAGCGUAUUGUGAUUCAAGACAUAGUUGUUGUUAUCCAAAAACCGGGAAACCAGCUGCAGAUUUCGGAAUUCACGGUCUUUGGCCUAACUAUAAAACUGGUGGAUGGCCACAAAACUGUAAUCCUGACAGCGAAUUUGAUGAAUCACGGGUAUCUGAUUUGAUGAGCAAUUUACAAAGAGAAUGGCCAACAUUGUCGUGCCCGAGCAACGAUGGUGUACACUUUUGGACACACGAGUGGGAGAAACACGGCACGUGCGCCGAGUCCGAGCUCGACCAACACGAUUACUUCGAAGCCGGUCUAAAACUCAAACAAAAAGCUAAUCUCCUUCAUGCCCUGACCAAUGCUGGUGGUAGUAGCGUUGGGCGAUUUGGGUUCCUCAACUCGUCAAAGACCGAGCUCCUCCUUGUCUUUGCUUCCUUCGCGAAGCACUGUGGCAAUGGUCUUGUGAAGGUCUUGGUGGCUAGGGUUGAGGUUGUCCCUCCGGUAAAGCUUUUGAGGAUGAGAUUGCCGGUUGGUCUUGCCUUGUCUCCUCUUCACUGUUGGCAUCUACCGCCUUCUACGGCGGCUUCUUUUAAUUCUGGUACUAGUUGGGGUCGGAGUGAAUCCUCUGGUUUGUUCCUCUCCCUUUCUUGUUUGAGUCCUUAUCUUCUGUCCUCUGUGCAAAUCGUUGCUUGGAAGUUGUUUUCCUUGUGUAUGUCAUCUGUUGUUGAUCCGGUUCUGCAGUUUGAAACUUGCUCUAUCAUUGCUUUGGUGUGGUCUGAUGUCGUCUUCAUGCCUUGGUUACACAUUCUUCUAGCUGGUGGUAGAGGUCCUUACUAUGUCACUACGUCAGUUUCUUGCUCGACUCCUUGA